UAUAAAAAGCUUAAAAUUUUAAAAAUAUUUUAUCAAUCUUCAACAAAUCCUCCUAUUACGACAAAAAAACUUUUCUUCUUCUCAAUGCUUCGUGUUCGUCUUACCACCCUUCUAGUUAUUCUCCUGGCUAUCGGGAUUUAUCUCAGCUGUGUUAUGUCAGAAGAAGUUACUUAUGUUGGGUAUGGUCGUCACACUAUGGUCAACAAUAUAAUUACUCGAAUUGGCACAGCAAGUCGUAUUGCAAAAACCAACGAGGACCUAGAAGACUACAAAGGGACGGAGAAUGCUUGUAAUGUAAAGUUUGAUGAAAACGGGGAUAUCAUUCUGAAUUACAACUCCGUUCGUGAAACUGGAUGUGCUAUUGAUAUUGGACACAAAUUUCUCAAUUUUAUGUUCGAAUUCAAAGCAACUUUAAGUAACGACAACAAAGAGAUUAAAGAAUGUCUUCAGGCAAUGCCCGAUGGAUUUAAUGCCAAUAUGGUUCCUUUUGCAUACAGCAUUGGUUUUGACCGUUUUGAAAAGAUAAAAGAAGGACCCUACGAGGAGGGUAUUUCUUGCGAUAAGAAGGACGAGUGCAUUAAAAGUGGCGGAGAAUGCUUGAAACCUGGUGCAUUAGAGUUUGGUUGGGCAUAUAAUGGAGAUAAAGUUCAUGUUGGCAUGCAACCAAGUAAGGAGAUGAAUUUUUCUCUUCAAAACUUAAAUUUAUUUAUUUACAGUUGGUGA